GCAGACCAAUGCUAGAUUGAACCAUAAUUAAAAUUACUAGCUUGGGUACUCGGCGUUGCCCGUGCCGUGUCCAACACUAUAAAUGUCUGCUGAGUUUAACGAUAAACGGACUGUAACCGUAAUUUGAAGUGACUUUCCAUGCAAAGAUAGCUACCCCCGUUUCCAACGGUAUUUAUAAGAAGCAAAAAUAAACAAUUGUUGAGUUAGUAAAUUAUCUGCCAAACUUUUCAUUGGAUUAAGGCUUUAAGGCUACUUUUGUAAAUCGAGCAUUGGUAUUUUUGCAUCAUGAGAAUAUCUAUCAAUACUAUUUUACUCAUAGAAGGGAUGCAAUGUUUUUAUUUCUGUUACAUCACUUUAAGUGUUAGGUUUUGGAUAAAUCACAUUUACAUAUACACAAAAACAUGAAAACUGGAAUGAGCAUUAUAUUCAUACUUAAUUUUCUGGUUUUUGUAUUCCAGAAACCUAAAUAUAUUCUCUACUAUAAUCAGUUUUGGAAUUCUGACAACUUUGGUUACAGAUUUGGAAAAAGUCCUUUUAUUGUUAACAAUUGUUCAGUAAAUAAUUGUUUCAUAACUAACAAUAGGUUGUUACUGCCAGCUAUCGAAGAUUUUGAUAUGAUAAUAUUUCACACUGGUGGUGUAGAGGUUCUAAAAAAAAGAAAUCCAAAACAGUUUUACGUAUUCUUCAGUCUUGAGUGCCCCAUUCAUGCGGCAAUUAACGGAUAUGAAGAAAGGUAUAGGUCAUUUUUUAAUUUAACAAUGACUUACUGACAAGAUUCUGAUAUUUUUUCCCGUAUGGGGAAAUGAAAUCUGGUGGAAAAAGAUCUGUUAAGAAAGCAACUAGUUCAAGAAGUAAAGAUGACAGAAAGCUAGUUGCAUGGGUUGUAUCUCAUUGUAAGACACAAUCUCAACGAGAAAAAUAUGUUGAUGAUCUGAUUCGGUGAUGAUCUGGGAAAGUGGAAAAGAUAGUAUAAAUUAAAAAAGUAGAUUUAUAUAUUUUGAGAAUUUAGAUUUCAAAUUAUGUGGUCGAAAAGUUAGGAAACCUAAAAUCAGGAUAUUUUUGGAUGCAUUUUUCUCGUUUUAGGGGAUUUUCAAUCAUACGCAUUUGAAAAUAAAAAAAAACUAUAAUCAGUGUGAGCUCAAUAGCUCAAAAUAGGGAUACAUUCUCAGUUCUCAUACAAACCCUGAGCUAAACUUAGAUGGGAUAGUUCCAUUGGACCGGGAGCUAAGCUCAGAUUCCAAGAUGUCCGGCCUAAAAACAGGACAAUGUAUUAGCUUUUUGUAUAUAGCUAUAGGUCGGACAGAAAGUGGGGCGGAUGAUAAGUUGCCAACAUGGAGAAAUAUUUGUCGUUAGAAAACAUGCUUUGAAAGCAUCUUUGAAUGCGUUGAAAA